AUGCCUCCAGCCACCACCUCCCCGGCGGGGCGUCCAGCUCAGCGCCUCAUCCGCUUCAACCGCCGCACCUCUGCCCCCCGCCGCCACCUCUCGCCGCCGCAGUCCCCUCCGCCGAAGAAGUUCAAGCCGCUGUCGGAGGUGAUGGAGAGGGCGCGGUUCGCCGUCGUGGAGAGAAUCGAUUACAGUGACGUCAGGUGCGAGCAAUGUGGCUCCGGCGACCGAGCUGAGGAGCUGCUUCUCUGUGAUAAAUGCGAUAGAGGCUUCCACAUGAAAUGUCUCCGGCCGAUCGUCGCCAUUCUUCCGAUUGGAUCGUGGCAUUGUCCUAAGUGCUCCGGACACAGAAGAGUAAGAAGUUUCUCGCAGAAGAAGAUCAUCGAUUUCUUUCGGAUUCAGAAAUGUAGUGAUGACAAAGACAAAUGUGCUUCUCCUCAAGAUGCUACUAAGCGCCGCAGACGUUCAGGAUCAUUAGUGUUGCAGAAGAGAAGAAGAAGACUGUUGCCGUUUAUUCCAUCAGAGGAUCCUGCUCAAAGGCUGAAACAAAUGGGUUCCCUUGCCUCUGCUUUAACAGCAUUGCACAUGGAAUUCAGUGAUGAUCUCACUUACAUGCCCGGCAUGGCUCCUAGAUCUGCAAAUCAGUCCAAGUUUGAAGAUGGUGGAAUGCAGAUUCUUUCCAAAGAAGAUACGGAGACAUUGGAAAACUGCAGAGCCAUGUGUAAAAGAGGAGAAUGCCCUCCUCUUACAGUUGUUUUCGAUGCGUGUGAAGGUUUUACAGUAGAGGCUGACGAGCAGAUUAAGGAUCUCACUUUAAUUGCUGAAUAUACGGGUGAUGUCGAUUACAUUAAGCAUCGGGCAAAUGACGACUGUGACAGCAUGAUGACCCUUCUCUUAGCACUCAAUCCAUCUAAGAGUCUUGUCAUCUGCCCUGAUAAACGUGGAAACAUUGCUCGAUUUAUCAAUGGAAUCAACAACCAUUCUCUGGAGGGUAAGAAGAAGCAGAAUUGUAAAUGUGUGAGAUACAGUGUCAACGAUGAAUGCCGGGUCUUAUUGGUUGCUACUCGUGAUAUUGCUAAAGGAGAGAGGUUAUAUUAUGAUUAUAAUGGAUAUGAGCAUGAAUACCCUACUGAACAUUUUGUCUAA